GAUUAUCUGAACCAUCUCAAGAAACAAUUAUGCAAUUGUGCGCAACAAAACUGGCAUGCUUGGCUCUUCUCGUGGGCUACCUGGCAUUGGCUGCUGCAGGCCCUGGAUUUAAGAUCACCAGUUGCUGCACCAAGAGCACCUUGGGGCCUAUACGGGCUCCUAUCAUUGGCUACAGGAUUCAGAGGAAGAACCUUCCUUGUAUCCACGCAGUUGUAUUUGAGACCACUGAAGGCGAAGUGUGUAGCCACUGGAAACAGGACUGGAUCAUUCGAAAGAUCAAGGAGCUUGAGCGAGCGCGGACAGCCAGAGUGAACACCAACUCCUACCCUCAUGGAGAGACAAACACAACCGCUUUAUAUUAAUUUUAAAUAUUUAAUAUGGCUUUUCUAUUUAUUGGCAUCAUGUUUAUUUAUAUUUCUCCUAUUGCAUUCUCAAUAUUUACCUGUUCAAAAUAGAUAUAUUCUAAUCAAAGAUGAGAUCAUGAGAUGUUCGUAAUAAAAAUAUUAAACUUGAACAAUAGUUUGCUAUGAUUUGCUCAUAUUCACAGCUGACAUUAGAAGUGUUUCCGUUAGUUUUUCACAAAAUAAAAGCAAUAUUUCAAAAAUUGCCACUUAAGCGUCUUUCAAUUGAAGGUUUAUCAAAAACGCCUCAAAACUCUCGUGAAGUCGCAUCCUGCGAGAUUUCACUGAAAGAAGAUAGUUAUUUAAU